CAGGCCCGCGCGGCUCCGAGUCCCGAGGCUGGGCACCCGGAGCUGGGAGCCGCGGGCGGCGGUCCCGGCUGCGCCAUGCGGGUGCACCUGGGAGCGCUGGCGGGCGCGGCGGCGCUGACCGGGGCGCUCAGCUUCGUGCUCCUGGCGGCCGCCAUCGGCACGGACUUCUGGUACAUCAUUGACACCGAGCGGCUGGAGCGGGGCGGCCCGGGCGUGCGGGGCCGGGCGGGAGCCGCCAACCGCAGCCAGCUCGAACCUCUGAGCUCGCACUCCGGCCUCUGGCGCACCUGCCGGGUCCAGAGCCCGUGUGCGCCGCUGAUGAACCCCUUCUGGCAGGAAAACGUGACCGUCGGCGACUCAAGCCGGCAACUUCUCACCAUGCACGGGACAUUUGUGAUUCUGCUGCCGCUCAGCCUUAUCCUGAUGGUUUUUGGGGGGAUGACGGGGUUUCUGAGCUUCCUCCUUCGAGUCUCCAUCCUCCUCCUGCUCACGGGGACCCUCUUCCUCUUUGGAGCCUUGGUGACCCUCGCUGGAAUGAGCGUCUACAUCGCGUACUCGGCCGCCGCCUUCCAGGAGGCACUGUGUCUCCUGGAGGAGAAGGCCCUCCUGGACCAGGUGGACAUCCGCUUCGGCUGGUCCCUGGCCCUGGGCUGGAUCAGCUUCAUCACUGAGCUGUUCACCGGGGUGGCCUUCAUGGUGGCGGCCCGUGUGCUCAGCCUGAGGCAGAGGCAGGACCAGGCCGUCUGAGCCCGGGUGCCCGGUCCGCUGGGAGGGAGGGGC